AAGCGCCCCAUGCGGCCUCACCCACUGUCGGCUUUCUCGAUGAGUCUGUGUUCUUUCCGCCGUUCACGAUUUCUUUGGACUUUGCUUGACGUUUUCAUGCUCAAGGGAGGCGAAAUAUCUGCCAAGGUCACAUUAUCCGGUUAUGACCUGGUUACGCUGCAACGAAGCAUUUGAGUGACGUGUGGAAGCCACGCCUUUGCUUUAAAUCCACCUGUGGUUCCAGAAACUCACCCAACUGAACCGCACAAAGGAUUUGAGCACUGUCGGGACACAAAUCAUCGCAGGUAGACCGCCCAUCCCAAAAACAACUUGAAUACGCCUACUGCUGGUCUUUUAUUCUGCUACAUGUCUAUAUAGCCUAGAGACUUUAAGCUUGUUUCUGCAAUAGUUCAAGCUCUCCUGGUCAGAAUUUCCUAAAGGGCAGCUAUUCAUUCUCCAACAGCAAAGAUGAUGCAGAUCUGUGAUUCAUACAUCCAAAAAAACUCCCUCUUCAAUGCGAUGAACCGGUUUAUCGGUGCUGUGAAUAACAUGGACCAGACGGUUAUGGUGCCAAGCUUGUUGAGGGACGUCCUGUUGGACCAGGAGGAGGAAAAGGAGGUGAACUCCUACCAGGAUGGAGACAUGUACGGCUCAUAUGUGCGCCUAAAAUCAAUCAGGAACGAGAUUGAAUGGGGUGUCCUUCAAGCCGACGAGCGGCGCAAGGAAAAACACGGGGUGACAGCAGCUCUGGAGAUGUCCCGCAUCGAACCGGACGAUGAAAACUUGGAAAAGCUCUUUCACUUGCAUCUAAGCGGAUUGCACACGGUACUUGCGAAGCUCACGCGCAAAGCGAACACUUUAACGAACAGGUACAAGCAGGAAAUUGGAAUCGGUGGUUGCGGAAAUUGAAAUGCGUCUGCGUUUAAUUGUGAAAAGUUCACAAGAGGAUGUAACCGGGAGUUGAAGCCAAACGCGCCCCCUCCGGUGGAUUCCGCGCAUCUAAAAUUCACCGGAUCGAAAAAAAGACUUGCACUUGACGGCAGUUUACAAGCACCCUGAAUUCCCUUGAUAACAUCCCUUGACAUUGUUUGCACAACCUGAAUACUGUAAUUCUAAAUUAAAUGCAGUUUAUUAAAAAAUGCAAACAAGCUAACUUUAAAAAAGAUAUGCAAUAUACAUUUCACGGGCAGUAUGAUAUUUUCAGGAGCUCUGUUAAUGUAGAGUGUUAAGUUUUGUGGCUAUAUGGUUAAAAACUACGAAUGACUAAUUAUGUGUUAAAACGCACAAUUCCGCGCUCAUGUCUAAAGAAAUUCUUCAAGCUGUUGGAUCUUUAUGAUGUCAUGAUCGAUGAGAUGGAAUCGCAUGAAGAUUCUAUUUGUUCUAUUUAGAAUGUGGAUUGAUUCCAGGAGAUUUUGUCACAAUAACGGUUGGUAAUUGUGUAAGAUUUGAAAAAAGGAUUGUGUCAUGUAUUUUUUGUAACAUGAAGUUGGGUCAUAGUGGGAAAAUAAAAAUUUCGUAAA